AAGUCCUCGUUUUGACGUUUGGUUAGCAACGGACAUCUUAGGUGGGAGAGACACCCUCGUCAAGAGCAGCGGAAGACCCACCUCCAUCAUCGUCUUCCAAAACCGGCUUAUCCCCUCUAAUCCCUUCUCUAAUCACCGCUCCCGCAUCUUCCUUGCUGCUGCUCCGACGCCAAGAAAGAGGACAGCUUGGCGACCCGCUUCUCCAGCUCACGGAAAGGAGCGGAAGCGGAUUCGAAGAGAGACGGGGAGAGAGGAAGAAAGGUAUAUCCAUUGUUCUUUUUAGCUACUGAAGAGGCGUUAAAGUCGGGGAGCGGCUUGUUGAAGAAUGGAGAGCCGCGUCGGCAACGGGGAAAGCAUAAGUAGCAGUGGCAGUAGCGUGGCUCUGAGCAAUCAGAAGAAGCCCUUUCAGGGAAUACGGGUACAGAAUCCGUUUACUUUCAAAGUGGGUCAGGUAUUCACCGGCUUCGGCAUUGGUUGCGGUCUUGGUAUCGGCGUUGGUCGCCCCAUAAAUCUGGGUGCAAUACCGGUGGUAAAUCAAGUUAUGAGUGCCACAAGUGGAGCAACUUAUGCAUUAUCUGGUGUCACGAGGCACGUCAAUGACGGGCUGAGGAAGCUUGGAGCGAAAAAUGUCGAAGCUGGUAUUGGGUGCGGAGUAGGCUUUGGCCAUGGAUUUGGAGUUGGACUUGCACUGAAGCCUGGAGUGAUAAAUCAGAUACAAUCUAAUGCAGUGCAACUCAUGACGAAGGUGAUGUUAAAGUUUGGGAUGGCUCCCAAUUUAUCCAUUGGGCAGGGAGCCCUUCCUGCUUCUCUUCAAGGGGGCUUGAACAUGAUGAACAUGCCCUCAAAUGCAAACCAAAUAGGAAAUCCUAUGCAGCUUGGUCCCAAGUUAGCUGAGAACAUAUCACCAAGACUGCCAGGACUGGGAACUAUGGGCUUGGGUUCUUCACAUGAAAGUAUUUCAUCCCCGAGCGUUCCAGAACACUCAGACCCGUCCACUGCCAGUCGAACAGAGAAGGUUUUAAACGACUUCUUGCAAAAUCCUGUUCUGAAGCAAGAGGACAGUGAAUUAAAGGAUCUGGCAGGACGCUUGCGAGCGGAGAAUAAUGUGCUUCAAAUGGUGUUGAAGCAUCAGCAAGUCAUCGAGGAGCUCAUGGAGGAGAACGAAAAGCUGCGCCAGAUACUGGUUGAAGAUUUAAAAGUAUCUCCAAGCAAGAUAAAAGGCACGUACUCUAGUAAAAGUAAUUCUCCAUGUGACGAUUGUUUUGAGUGUCGAAGGAGACAAAGAAGAAAAUAAUAUGAAAUAAAAUCAUUUCCUGUGCAAUUACCAAAAGUACUACAUUAAACAUCAUGCUUGACCUGAGAAGCUGCUGCCUCUUUUCUUGUGCUGAGUUUACCCCAUUAAGUUGCCUCUGAAACUUGAAAGGAGCAUGAUCAUUGUCGGGGAUCUGUUAGAGCAAGAGGCAGCUGACUAAAGUUGAGGUUUCCUGAUAAUUUUGUUAGGUUGGAGGAGAAACUAACACAGAUUUUUGGAUGUGCAAAGGCAUUCUAUCUUGAGCAAUAAAUGGUGUGUUUAUUUUCUGACUUGCUUUCUGAGAAAGGAAAAGAAAGAUUGAUUCGAGCAG